AUGGAAGCAUUUUCUUGUCGUCCAAACGCAUUCUCCUUUUUUUCAUCUUUUAUCUCUCGCAAAACGAAAUCCUUUCUUCCAUUGACCUGUUUGAGCUUCAAGCUCAGAGAAAAAGCUAAUCAUAGGUUACAUGGGUGUGCUAAACUGGAAACACGUUUAGUGAAGCAGAUGGGAAGAGAAUUGGAGGCUGAGAUGAACUCAGGAGGGGAAGAAUGGAUGAUAGAAUUGGGAAAGUUGAGAGAGAGAUGCAAGGAAAUGAGGGGGAUGGUGGAACUAUUGGAGUGCUUGGAGAGAGAAGCAAUCAUGGGUGAGGAUGAGGGUAGAGACGCCAUUGAUUACAACAGAAGAGCUCGGAUCUUUGACAAGAGUUCUAAAGUUUUCCAGGCUCUCAAGGAACGUUCCACACCUUCUCAAUAA